UGUUGUGACGCGUUCAGGGAGCUUUCGGUUUUUUCGGGUGUGAUGCUGCUGCGAGCAAGAGCGCAUGUUUGGGAAGCAGUUUUUUAUUUCCAAAGCUCCUCCUCUGUCGUCGGACACCGCUCACGUUCUGUUCAAUGAGAGCAGGAGGGCACCGAGGAGUUGUUCUUUUAAUUUCGACCUGCUCCUGAGCCGUUUUUUUUUUUUGUAUUUUUUUUGGAAAUGAUUUUGUUGUUUUGUUUCUCGGUGCGUGUUUAAGAGGCUAAUAUGAAGACAGCAUUCGGCGAACCAGACCCUGGAAAUUUCAUUGGAUCUUUUCACCAUACUUGAAGCUUCAGGCGUCAAAAUGCAUAGUCUCCGGUAAAAUUGUCCCCUUACACUUCCUCCAAUACAGUCCAAUCUAACUGCUGAAAGAGAGAGGACACCAUGGCCUGCACAGAGAUGGGCUCUGGGCAACCCCCUGUCAAUGCGCUACGGCAAAGACCCACAUUGGGUGUUGCCUGUAAGCGACAGGUUCACCGGUGUCUGCGGAGAAAGCUGAGACCUGUGCGAAUCUUGGGGUUUGUCUUCAGCCUAGUAGCUGCAAGUGCUGUCUCCUUUAGUGCCUUCACCUGGAGUUCAGAGGAUCCCAGUGAGCCUAUGCUCUCCCAGAAGAACCUGGGCCCCCACAGGACUCUGCUUUUCACUCAACUUCAGAUGGACCCCAAUGUUUCUGCCGAUAUGCCAAUAGCCAUGAAGUCUACAGCAGACAGCAAUGACAGCAAAGGGGAGUACCCACCAGACAUUUUCACCCUUGCCCAGAGGCGCCAAGGAGCAGUGGUUCUCCACAUGUUUGGCAUGAUCUACAUGUUCAUUGCCUUAGCCAUAGUGUGUGAUGAGUUCUUUGUCCCAGCGCUGACAGUCAUCACGGAGAAGCUGGCUAUUUCUGAUGACGUAGCAGGUGCAACUUUCAUGGCGGCAGGUGGGUCAGCCCCAGAGCUCUUCACCUCCAUUAUUGGGGUUUUCAUCUCACACAGCAACGUGGGCAUCGGGACAAUUGUGGGCUCGGCCGUCUUCAACAUCCUGUUUGUCAUCGGGAUGUGCGCCAUCUUCUCCAAGGAGAUCCUCAACCUAACGUGGUGGCCUCUCUUCCGUGAUGUCUCCUUCUACAUCCUAGAUCUGAUCAUGCUUAUUGUCUUCUUCCUGGAUAACGUCAUCUCUGUGUGGGAAAGUAUUGCGCUGCUCUCAGCUUACGCGGCGUAUGUAAUCUUCAUGAAGUUCAACGCCAAGGUUGAAGGCUUUGUCAAAGAUUGCAUGAGCAAGAACCAAGUGGUGGAAGUGGAGGUACAACCUAAGGAUGAGAAGGUGAGUCCCGGGGCGCCUGAGGAUGACGGCAAGUUGUCGGCUCGACCUCGGCUUCAGAGGGGGGGUAGCUCCGCCUCGCUACACAACAGCUUGAUGAGGAACAGCAUUUUCCAGCUGAUGAUCCACACGCUGGAUCCAUUAAGUGAAGAAUUUGCUGACUCUGCACCAAUGCGGCGGCACUCGGCAGCGGAUCAUUAUCUUUCGGAGACAGAGCUUGGGACUUAUGGGAAACUAAAAUAUUAUCACUCAAUGACUGAGGAAGGCAAAUUUCGAGAGAAGGCGUCCAUCCUUCACAAGAUCGCCAAAAAGAAAUGUCAAGUAGAGGACAGUGAGAAGGCCAAUGGCGUAGCAAGCCAGACAGAUAAGAACCUUCCAAACAGCUCCAAUGUGGAAGUGGAAGUGACGCCGCCUAUGAAUGGAACGACGGGACAAGAGGGGGAAACGGCCGAGGACGAAGAGGAAGAGGACCAGCCUCUGAGCCUGUCCUGGCCCGAGUCCAGUCGCAAGCGUUUUACCUACCUCUUCAUCAUGCCCGUCGUCCUCCCCCUGUGGCUCACGCUGCCAGAUGUCAGGAAAUCAUCGUCAAAGAAGUUCUUUCCUGUCACCUUCCUGGGUUCCAUCUGUUGGAUUGCAGUCUUCUCCUACCUAAUGGUGUGGUGGGCUCACCAGGUUGGGGAGACUAUUGGGAUUACAGAAGAGAUUAUGGGUCUGACCAUACUGGCAGCCGGAACAUCCAUCCCUGACCUCAUCACCAGUGUGAUUGUGGCACGCAAAGGGCUGGGCGACAUGGCUGUUUCCAGCUCCGUGGGCUCGAAUAUCUUUGACAUCACUGUGGGCUUGCCAUUCCCGUGGCUCUUGUGGUCCUUAUUCAGGGGACUGAGCCCAAUCCAAGUCAGCUCCAACGGCCUCUUCUGCGCCAUCGUGCUCCUCUUCCUCAUGCUUCUCUUCGUCAUCAUCUCCAUCGCUGCCUGCAAGUGGCGCAUGAGCAAGCUGCUCGGCUUCAUCAUGUUCUUGCUGUACUUCGUCUUCCUCGUGGUCAGCGUCAUGCUGGAGGACAAGGUCCUCAUUUGCCCAGUAUCCAUCUGAGGAAAAAAUUGCCACAUGCACUCUAUCUCUCGCUGUGUCUCUCGCAACCAUCCUUGUCACCUGCCUUUGCACACACCUUGACACUUGUGAUCCUUCACCAAGGGAAAAAAAAAAGAAGUGAAGGGGAGGAGUAAUGAGGAGGCCUCACUACAGAGUGUACUUGUGUUUUCAGGCGGUAGCAGGGACGAGCUGGAACCCGAGAGGGCUCUGCCAGUUGACUGAGUCCUGAUGUGAGUGGAUUUGGUUAUUUAAUUGGGCAGGGAUGCCAAAUAUAGAAGCAUUAUGCAUGGCAUUUGUUCACUAGAUCACACCUGGUAGAUUGAGAACAUGGACUUCCUGUGCACUUUAGGACAAAACUGAGAAGCGCUGUACGGAGCUGAAUGUUUAAGCAUAUUUGAACACGUUGGACAGAGUGAAUCUGUCUCCAAGAGUGAAUUUAUGUGUGGCUGGAGAAUAUUUCGCGUAAAACUCCAUUUGCACCUCAAAGGAUGGCCUGUCGAGCGUGAGGAAUAGCGUUUCCAGGUUGAAAAACCAUCAUUUUUCGUCUUUGCUCUUCCCUGCUUGGGUGCCAUUUUUCACUGCACUGCUGAAUGUUUCUUCAGAGAUUCAUAUUUGAAAGAUUUGAAUGAUUAAAUGAAAUAUAUAGAAGUAAUGUUAGCCGUACUCUAGCAGUAUUGGCUAGCUAGCUUACAGUCGUCUUGAUAUGCUGCUCUUAUUUUUAUUAUUGUUUUUUUUUUUGUUUUUUUUUACAGAAUCUGAUUUUACAAAAUGUGUGAUGCUUCAGAUACGUUGACUGGUGAAGGCAAAAUGUUUGUGGAAAGCCUAGCUUACAUUUAGCCUCUUAAAAUCCAUGCUAGCCUUUGAAAUGCUUAACUUUUUGAAGGGGGAAUUAAACGUGUAUCUUCGACUAAGAGUUCUGUAAUGUUUAAAAAAAAAA